AUGGCCGACAAGAGGGAGAAGCAGCAGCAACAGCAGCGCAAGGCCAAGACUAUAGUCUUCCUCCACCCCGACUUGGGCAUUGGCGGCGCCGAGCGCCUAGUCGUCGACGCAGCCGUCGGUCUCCAGAACCGCGGUCACAAAGUCGUCAUCUUCACGAGCCACUGCGAUCCAAGCCAUUGCUUUGACGAGGCACGCAAUGGCACCCUCGACGUACGCGUUCGCGGAAACUCCAUCAUCCCCUCCUCCAUCCUCUCGCGCUUCAGCAUCCUCUGCGGUAUUCUACGACAGCUACACCUGAUUCUGCAGAUCCACUUCACCUCCGAGCUGGCCGAAAUCGCACCCGAUGCCUUCUUCGUCGACCAGCUGAGCGCCGGCCUUCCGCUGCUGCAGUACCUCUACCCUCGCGGUCGCAUCUUCUUCUACUGCCACUUCCCCGACCUGCUGCUCGUCCAGGGCCGCCAGAAGAUCUGGAAGCGCGCCUACAGAAUACCCUUUGACUGGCUCGAGCAGUGGAGCAUGAGCUUCGCCGAUGCCAUUGCCGUGAACUCCAACUUCACCAAGGGCGUCGUGGGCAGGACCUGGCCCAGCCUGGCGAGCAAGAGGGAGCUUCAGACGGUAUACCCAUGUGUCGACACCAACAACAAGAAGAGCCCGGAGGUUGAGGACGGCAAGCCGUUGUGGAAGGGAAAGAAGUUCCUGCUCAGCAUCAACCGUUUUGAGCGGAAGAAGGACGUUGCCCUGGCCAUCAAGGCCUACGCCGGAUUGAGCAAGGAAUCGCGCCGAGGCGUGCGCCUGGUUGUUGCCGGCGGAUACGACAACCGCGUCGCCGAGAAUGUGGGCUAUCACAACGAGCUGGUCGGCUUGGCAAACUCGCUCGGCCUAAGCAACAUGACCGCCAAGACCAUCGUCACGGCCCUCGAAGUGCCCGACGACGUCGAGGUCCUCUUCCUCCUCUCCGUUCCCAACCUGCUCAAAGAGAUGCUGCUCGCCUCUACUCAGCUUCUCGUCUACACGCCGGCAAACGAGCACUUUGGCAUCGUGCCCCUGGAAGCUAUGCUGGCUGGUGUUCCGGUCCUGGCCGCGGACACCGGCGGGCCUACCGAAACCGUGGUUGAGGGCGAGACGGGCUGGCUCAGAUCGCCUGCUGACGUUGGCAAGUGGACCGAGGCUAUGGAAACGACUCUGAACAAGCUCUCCAAGGAGCAGCUGGCCAAGAUGUCGCAAGCUGGAGUCUCCAGGGUCAAGAACAAUUUUGGCGACGUCCAGAUGGCGGAGCGGAUAGAUCACAUCAUCGAUCAGAGCCUGGAAGUAAAGAAGAGAUCUGGCUCCUACAUGCCAAUUGCGCUUCUUGGUCUGAGCGUGCUUGGACUACUUGGAGCUGGUCUCGCCAUCGUGGCCCGGGUAUAG